AUGGAGGCUGCAGAAGAUGACCUCUUCAACACCACUCCUGACCUAAAGGAGAAAGGCCUCAAAGCCAAGCUUCAAGGUUUGAAGAUGGAGGCUGCAGAAGAUGACCUCUUCAACACCACUCCUGACCUAAAGGAGAAAGGCCUCAAAGCCAAGCUUCAAGGUUUGAAGAUGGAGGCUGCAGAAGAUGACCUCUUCAACACCACUCCUGACCUAAAGGAGAAAGGCCUCAAAGCCAAGCUUCAAGGUUUGAAGAUGGAGGCUGCAGAAGAUGACCUCUUCAACACCACUCCUGACCUAAAGGAGAAAGGCCUCAAAGCCAAGCUUCAAGCUGUCUUCAAACGUCCAGAGGUGUCCCAGCUGUGAUUUUCUGAGGAGAAAUGUGGGAAGGCGUUGCCUUUGACACUUAUCUGCGAUAACAUGCGGGAUCCAGGGAACCUGGGAUAGAAUGUGAGUCUAACCAGUGGUUGUGUGGAUGUCUGGGAGCCCAAGGUCCUGUGCUGCCACUUUCGCCUUCCCGUAAUCCCUAGUCUGUCCUGGUCCCAUAUACAGUUUCACCUUCCUCCCUCGGCGACUGUCCACGUAGCUGACAACUCGAGCAGCUCCGUGACCGAGCUGGAACUCGCAGACUACGGCUGGGUCAGCCGCCGCCAUAUCUCCAGGAAAGUGUAUUGUGAAGAUGAGGAUGAAGAGGACAAGGUGGGUGGGUCUAGGCAGGCAAGCCCGGUUUUAGAGACUCAGCAUUAUCAUAUGAGUUGGACUGGUAACCACACGGCCAUCGUGAUUGGUGGAGAGACUCACGGUUCGAGCCAGGAAGCCUUGCUGUUGGCUGAGGAAACGAGGGGGCGGAGAUUAUCGAUCCCCAUGGUUUGAGGAGUGGACAGUCAGAAUGCAGCCAUGGCUGCGAGUGUGCUGCUGUUUGAGGGAAGGAGACAACUGAAAGGGCAAGUUUUAGAAUGACUUGUACAAUUCCCCCAACCCAAGAAGAAACAGUGCGAGAGUUGGAUUCUCGAAUCUGAUUGGUCAGAACCGUUUAUUAAUUUUCUAUAACAGCAGCUUGGA